AAACAGUGGAAUCGUGAUAGGUGAAAAUGACCAAGCCUGCGUGCAGUUAAAAUCAAAAUGCCACUCAGAUUUGACGUUUUUCUGUCUUCAAUUUUACUUUUAGUCUUGAUUCAAGAGACGAGCCAGGCCAAUUCUAGAGGGGUUGUUGCUCGUAACAAAGGACAAGGAACAUCCAGAGCUGCUAAUAAACGCCAAACCAUAAUCAAGUGUUGCGGCCCAAACAAAUGUUCUGCUGUCAGUGGUGGUUCGACCAAACGCCGCUCACAACCCGUCCUGAAUAAAGAAUUAAACCUGACUAAACUGGGAAAUCUGCAAACCUCAGGAUUAUCAUUCUCUGAAAAACUGAGCACCACACAGGUGAACGUUGUCGACAACAGUGAUGCCGAAUCUAGUGAUUUGCCUAUGUCAACGUUUAUCGAUGCCAGCCCAAAUUUGAGCGAUAAGUCCACAUUGGAAUUUUUCCAAGAAAGUCCGUCUUCCUCAAAAUCAAUUUCAACCGCCUUGGAUGUGCAAAUGCCGAGUUCAUCUUCUACUUUGAAAAAAGCCACUCCAUCUGUAUCAAUUGCACUCCAGAAUUCAGAAACCACAAUUUCUAACACUUCAGCAGCUGAUUUUCCGAGUGAAAAAACAAAACUAGACUCUGGUUCAACGACUAUUCUUCCCGAAACGGCAACUCAAAUCUCAACUGAAACGACGGAAUCAAAAAUUUUGCUCUCAACCCCUACACAAAUUCAAACCACUGCUACGACAAUUCCAACUACUAAAACGACUUCAACGACCAUCAACCCAGCUCUGGUAGGAAAAUGCUCGACGAACGAAAUUGCUGCAGUCAACCGGUCCCUUUUUGCAACUAAUGGAGAGAUUGCUGAUCCAGACUUGCACGGAUUCUGGCUGGACGCGUGCGGCCAAACAAUUUUAUUAGGAAAAUCUCUGGGCACUUGGCACGAAAACUCAGACAAGUGCUUUGGCCUGAAAAUGAAGCCGUUUGCUAUCGAAAGCAAAGAGAAGCUCGAGUGCAUGAAACUCCAAGCAAAGAGCUGGAAAUUUAACAUGAAUUACUGGACGGGCGGCGCGAAGAAUCUGGCGAGCGGCACCUUUGGGUGGUGCUCGGCCAACGGCUCCGCGCCCUGGCAGGACGUCCUGCCCUUGGCCAACCCUGCAAAGGACCAGAAUUGCGUCCAGAUGCAAAUUUCCAAAGCAAACGGCUCUGUUUCGAUCAGCGGCAAGCGUUGUUCGGACAGAACCAUUUUCGCCUGCCAGGGUCCACCGACGAAAGGACCGAAGUGCGCAAGUCCUGUUUGUCCAAACAUCACCUGCCAAAAAGAUCCUCUGCUUUUCACUUUGACGGCCAAUAGAAAAUCAAUGGUUCUAAAAAACAUUUCCUUGCAUGGAAAAUUGUUCACAUACAGGCUGCGCAACUAUCUCUUCAGCUACAGUAGCGACACCAGAACUUAUUUAGAAGCGACGAAAGCGUGUUGUGAUCUGGGCAUGUCCCUGCUGAGCUUGGACUCGCCACGCAAGUACGACGCUUUGGCCACCAUCGGCAACAUCAGCGAAAUGAGCAAAGAGGCUCAAAAUUUGACCUUCUGGACUUCGGGGUCGGAUGAGGGCUGCGAGUCUGUUUUUGGAUUCUGUUCGGCCAAAAGAUUGUUCCGCGGCGAGGCCCAGUGGCUGCCUGGACAGCCGGACAACGCUCGAGGAAAAGAAAACUACGUUGCAGUCCACAUUUGGCGUCAAAAGGGACAAGUUCUGCUCGCUGAUUACGAAGGACAGACGAAAUUCAGAUACAUUUGCGAGAAAUUAGGCAACCCUCAGACAAAGAGUGGAAAGCAAGCUAUGGUGGACGAAUGUUCAAUUAUUUUCAAUGUCACUUCCACCGAAAUCGAUUUGCUGCGAAACAUGACGAAAUUUGACUUACGGAUCAAGUGUUUUUUGCAUUGUGUUGGAGACGCUGUGGGCCUGCUGGUCGGCGGGAAUUUUGUGGCGAGCGAGGUUUUCGCAAUGCUUGAGAGUAUGAAUCUGAAAAACGCGGACGAGCUGAUGAAAAACAUGGCCAUCGUUGACGAGUGCAACAAUAAAACUUUGGGAAUGGACGAGUGCGACAAGGCGUACCAGUUGACCAAGUGCGCCAGGGACAAGUCGCCGGAGGUUUUUGACCAAAUGAUCAAGGACUUGGAUAAAAAGGAGGCAGACAAUGAUGAACUGGUUUCUAAGUCGUAUGGAUGUGGUAAUUCGUCAAACUGCACCAUUGACGUAGUUGCAAGGGACAAUCUGACCUCGUUGAAUCUGAAUGCUUCAACAUGCGUCAAUUAUAUUAAUGGAGAGUGGGUUUGCAAAUGCAGUAAUUUGAAGAUGUACUAUAUGAAAUAUCAAAACGGAUGGUACUACGAUUACCUAGAAGCACUCAAGUUUUGUUGCGAGCGCGGGAUGCGAAUGUUGAGGACGGCCAAUUUUUUUGCAGCUGCAAAAUGCAUGCAGGCGGCGGGAAUUGCAAAAGUUAUUAAUCAUCCGUACUCAAAUCGCUUUUGGACGAUGACAAACUCUCUCGUUGUUGACGUGACGAGCGGAUUCAGCUAUGAUUGUGAAACGCAAACAGAUUAUCUGCCGCAAAAUCUUAAUCCCGGUUUCCAAAUGGAUUAUAAUCCGAGAGGCGCGUAUGAUGGUGGCACGCAGAAUAUGGUUGUCCUCCUUGACUAUUCGGCGCCGCCGAAGUUCCAUUUUGGCUCUGCCAUCUCCAAACAACCUUUCAUAUGCGAGGAGAUUUUUUAAUUGUGGAAUUAACAUAAUAAAAAUUGCU